AGGCAUUAAGCCAAAGAGCAAAGCAAAUCGCAAGUGAAGAAAAGGAGAAGAGAGGAGAGAGAGAGAGAGAGAGAGAUUGGCAUCUGAAACUGAUCAUCGAGAUUUACGUUUCUCCGUUGGCGUCACGCCGAAGCUUCCAUACUCUUUCGCUCUUCACCAGAAACCCAAAGUUUUAGCAAAACUGCAUCUCUCAAAAAUCUCUACUUUCUUUCUCUUUCUCUCUCUUCUGACUGUUCAUCACUUGGUGGUCACUGAAUCUGCAGCAAUGGCGAUUCCAGAUUCCUCACUCUUUUCCGCUUUUGCCUUUCUCUCAAGCUUCUUCUUCACGAAAUGCCGUUGUUAAAAAGUGAUUUCUCCACUAUCCCCUUCCUUUGCAUUUAUUCUACUCUCACUCGUCUUCUACGAUCAGCUUCCAACGCCUCUCUUCAGGAUUCUCGUCUCAACCCACCUCAAAGUUGCAGGUGAAUGAGAACACUUUUAUGUGAGUGAGCCUAAGAGUAUUUCAAAGGACUGAUAAUGGUGAUUGUUGCGGCCUUCAUUUUCCUUUUGGUCUCGCCUUUUGUUUCCCAUUGUUUGUCUGCAGACAUAGACUCAGACAAGCAAGCACUGCUUGAGUUUGCAUCUCUCGUUCCUCAUAGUCGCAAACUCAACUGGAACACCACCAAUCCAAUCUGCACAUCUUGGACCGGCAUCACCUGCUCCAAGAACAACGCCCGCGUUAUCGCACUCCGUUUGCCUGGAUCUGGACUAUAUGGACCUUUACCAGACCAGACAUUUGAGAAGCUUGAUGCUCUCAGGAUUAUUAGCCUGCGAUCCAACAACCUUCAAGGGAACAUUCCAUCUGCCAUUCUCUCUCUUCCUUUUAUCCGAUCGCUCUACUUUCAUGACAAUAACUUCUCUGGCACUAUCCCUCCCACUCUUUCUCGUCGCCUUGUUAAUCUUGAUCUUUCCACCAACUCGCUAUCGGGAAACAUUCCCACGACUCUACGAAACCUUACUCAGCUCACCGAUCUCAGCCUACAACACAAUUCUCUCAGUGGGCCAAUCCCUGACCUCCCUCCUAGCCUGAAAUACAUCAAUGUCAGUUACAAUAACCUUAACGGCUCAGUCCCAUCUUCUAUCAAGUCCUUCCCAGCAUCCUCCUUUCAAGGUAAUAGCCUUUUAUGUGGCGGUCCUCUAUCUCCGUGCUCAGAGAACACCACUGCACCAUCUCCUGCCCCGACUCCACCCGCCAAAAGUCCUGGUUCAGCCAAAAGUCCUGGUUCAACCAAAAGAGUUCUCUCUACUGGAGCUAUUGUCGGCAUUGCAGUUGGAGGUUCGAUUCUGUUGUUUAUCAUUCUUGCCAUCAUAACCCUUUGCUGUGCCAAGAAAAGAGAUGGCGGGCAAGACAGCACCGCAGUGCCAAAAGCUAAACCGGGGAGGAGUGAUAACAAGGCCGAAGAGUUUGGGAGUGGGGUGCAGGAGGCGGAGAAGAACAAGCUGGUCUUCUUUGAAGGAAGUUCAUACAACUUUGAUCUUGAAGACUUGCUCAGAGCUUCGGCUGAAGUUUUAGGAAAAGGAAGCUAUGGCACAACUUAUAAGGCCAUCUUAGAGGAAGGAACCACGGUGGUGGUGAAGAGGCUAAAAGAAGUAGCAGCUGGGAAAAGGGAAUUUGAGCAGCAGAUGGAAGCUGUGGGAAGGAUUAGCCCACAUGUGAAUGUAGCUCCUCUCCGUGCUUACUACUUCUCAAAAGACGAGAAACUGCUCGUGUAUGAUUACUACCAAGGGGGCAAUUUCUCCAUGCUUCUUCAUGGAAGUAAUGAGGGAGGAAGAGCGGCGUUAGACUGGGAAACAAGGUUGAGGAUCUGUUUAGGAGCUGCAAGAGGAAUUUCACACAUCCAUUCUGCAACUGGUGCUAAACUCCUACACGGAAACAUCAAAUCACCAAACGUACUCUUAACCCAGGACCUCCAUGUCUGUGUCUCAGAUUUCGGUAUAGCUCCAUUGAUGAGCCAUCACACCUUGCUCCCAUCAAGAAGCUUAGGGUACAGAGCACCAGAGGCCAUAGAAACACGGAAACAUACUCAGAAAUCUGACGUGUACAGCUUCGGUGUACUGUUGCUAGAAAUGCUGACAGGGAAAGCAGCCGGGAAGACGACAGGGCAUGAGGAAGUGGUGGAUCUGCCCAAGUGGGUGCAGUCGGUGGUGAGAGAGGAGUGGACUGGAGAAGUGUUUGACGUAGAGCUCAUCAAGCAGCAGCACAACGUUGAGGAAGAGAUGGUGCAGAUGUUGCAGAUAGCAAUGGCUUGUGUAUCUAAGCAUCCAGAUUCUAGGCCUUCCAUGGAGGAAGUGGUUAACAUGAUGGAGGAGAUUCGGCCUUCUACAGGUUCUGGUCCUGGUUCUGCCAACAGAGCCUCUUCGCCGGAGAUGAUCAGAAGCUCUGAUAGUCCGGUUUAGAUUUCUUGUUUUCGCAAAUCAUUAUUUAUUUUGCUUUUUCCUUCUUCCUCUUGGUAAUAAACCAUUUCGUAGUUCUAUGUCUGACUACUUGAGCAUAAUUUAUUUUUCAAACAUUAUCUGGAAAGGUAAUGUAACUGAAACUCUGUCCUUAGAUUGGUUUUUUAGUGUGUGGUUAGUAAAGUUUCCAUUUUCUUUGGCAUGAAAAGUAAGGGCGGUCACCGUGGUCUUUAGUCGAUGUUUCUCUCUCUA